AUCACGUUACUUCGCUCCUUCCACCACCAUGAAAUUCGGGCGACUGUUUCACGGCCUACCUCGGUCGCUGCUCCUCACGUCGCUGGCCCUGACAUGCAGCGCAGUACCUGUCAAGACGUCGGUACUGACACCCGAUAAUUUCGAGACGACCAUUGCCAGUGGCGUCUGGUUCAUCGAGUAUUUUUCUCCCUACUGUGGUCAUUGCAAACAUUUCGCUCCGACCUGGGACCAACUUGUGACGAUAAGUGUAGAGGAAGUGCCAGGUGUGAAGCUUGCACAGGUCAACUGUGCAGUAAAUGGAGAUCUCUGUUCAGCAAACGACGUCAAAGGAUACCCUACAUUAAAUUUGUACAAGGAUGGGAAGCUUGUUGAGCCUUUCAAGGGACCCAGAGAGCUCGACCUUUUGGUGCCGUUCAUCAAGAAACAUGAGCCACCACCACCGCCGCCCCUUCAGCAACAGCAACAGCCUAUGGUUGAGAAGCUGCCGAACCCGAAUGGAGUUGUUUUAUCGCUGGAUGACAAGACAUUUGUAACUACACUCUCCGAGGGUCCCGCUUUCGUCAAGUUUUUCGCGCCAUGGUGUGGUCAUUGCAAAAAACUUGCUCCAACAUGGAAGAAGCUAGCAAAACAAAUGCAGAAUAAAUUGACCAUUGCCGAAGUCAACUGCGAGGAUCACAAAGCGUUAUGCACCUCCCAGGAAGUACAAGGAUACCCAUCACUGAUGUACUAUUCUAUCACCGGUACGAAGAACGAAUAUACCAGUGGACGAAAACUUGAGCAGCUUACUGCCUUUGCUGAGAAGGCCAGUGCCCCGGCCAUGAAGGCCAUUGACCCACAAGAUCUUGAGCAUUAUAUCACCGAGGACGACAUCAUCUACGUCCUACUUCAUACAGAUGAUAAUAUCGUGACCUACCUGUCCCCGACCUUCACUACUCUUCUUGGCUCCCCUACCGUCUACACCAUCGCCAACGCCCCUGAAUCUCUGACUGCUCGCUAUUCCAUCCCGGCCUCAGCGGCCUGGUCUCUCAUCGCGUUCAAAGACCAUGACUCUGUCACACCGACGUCUGUAUACACCUCUAUGGACGUUAACGACGUUCUCCCGUGGCUCCUAGCCAACAGACUACCAUCGACAUCAGAGCUGACGCAAGAUACCUUCCAAUCGAUCAUGAAAACACCCUCGCACCCACUUGUCGUUCUCGCGGGUGUUUCUGCAGAGAACAAAAAUCUCGUAAAACAGAGGUUUGAAGAGAUCUCCACGUCUUUCCGCUCAAAGAGCAGUGUAAGCCGAGAGGUCGUGUUUGCAUGGAUGGAUAUCGAACGGUGGAAGGACUGGAUGAAGAGUAUGUAUGGAAUGAAGAUGGACGUCGAGGUGGUUAUUGCUGAUCAUCAUGCGUUGAUCUAUUGGAACGUCGACACCGAGGGAAAGCCCAUUAAUUUGUCGAAUGAGAAGGGGAUGUUUUCAGCCAUCGAAGGAGCUGCGCGGGGCAAGAUCACACCCCUACAUUCUGAGAAUCUUGUGGAACGACUAGCGAGGUAUCUAAAUGGCAAGGCAGUAGCCAUCGAAGGCUAUGUAAUAGACAAUCCACUCCGAACGAUCUUCUUCGUUGGUUUAGGGUUCGUCGCUGUUAUCUUAGCUGUGAGGAAGUGGGUUUUGUCGGAUCUUCCAGAUGACCGCCAUUAUCGAGACAAGGCUGGUCGGCUGGAUUGAGGGGCUGCUGUGGACGUUUGUACUUAUAUCUUCUCUAGAUUCUUGCUGAUGUCCGGACAUCUAUAAUCACUUAAUGCAUCUCACUCGCUUUGCUAUAGGUCCAUAAGCUGGCAUGCAUUAUAUAUCACAUGCUGGUAAAUAAUCAGUCACAUGCGACUCAGAUAUUCAGGAGGGAUUCCCAAGGCGAGGCAAGAAUGGCUGCGCCAACACCGUUACGAGGGAAUCUGUAGCUGCCGAUAAGCAUCACCUGAUGCAAGAGUCGAGGAAACAUACCAGAAUUUUGAUCAUAUAGGGACAGGUCUAUCCUUCCUAGAGGGGGCCGAGAGAUGGAUGUCCAAUUUGUCUUGAGCUUUUCGAACCUCUUUCACAAGAA